AUGUCAUAUCAAAGACCAAUGAUGCCCAUCCCGUCACAGGGAGACGGCACAUAUGCCAGACCCGCAAUUCCCCCACCUUACAUUCCAACAGCGGCUCGUGAUGGUCCACCACCUUUACCUCCCCGACCGGGGCAGCAGCGUUUUGACUUUCAGGAAACACCAGCCACUAACAAAGCUCCUGCCAACAGUCAAAACCUCGAAAUGCCUUUUUCUACAGAGGCGGCUGAUAUAUUUUCUUCGGCUAUUUCAACUGAUCAGCCUCUGAGCGCCUUCUCAAGAACUUCUCAUCCCGUUUCUCUUCCAGUCAACACAUCUACAGGCGGUAAAGCUACAGAAACUAACAAGUUUUAUGGAAAUAUGUUGCUUGGAGAUCAAACAAAUCCAGUUUGGACCCAUCCUUAUUCCUUUUUUCUAUCAAAGGACUCCAACUUGGGUAUGGCGGUCUCAUACGUGAGUGCUUCUCAAAGAGUUUUUGCAUCUGGGUCCCCACCUGAAUACUUUUUUGGUCCCGCUGGUAUAAAAUCCUUCGUGUUUGGCGCGGUUGACUUUACAAGCGCAAACCAAGUCUCGCUUGGCCUUACCAACUUGACGCACUUACAAGCACAUGUUCAGGUCAGAAAGAACGCCAACCAGUUUAUUCUGGUGCCCUUAGUGCAAGGCAUGGGCUUUGCUACAGCUGUCUACUACAACAUGAUCCCCAAGCUUUCCUCCGGUGUUGGCUUCAAAAGUGUUAAUGGAGUUACGUCGCCUCGCUCUGGCAUUCAAAAAUACCAAGUUGUAUUGCAGAAUAAUGUAACAUGGACUCUCUACGUUACUGUCCCAUCUGGCCAGUCCUUAAGCUUAGCUCUUUCUAACAAUCAAAUUAUUGGCAACAAGAGCGUUAAUGGUUGUAUUUUCCAGCUGGUUCCUGAUACAAAUUCUGCGAUUGACGCUGCUGCGGGUUGCUACCCCAACAGCGGCACUCUCUCAGGAUCUGUUUCUGGAACUACUGGUCAAUACACCAUAGCUUACGGGCUAAGUGGCUCGAGCAAUGGAGGUAAAACAUUAAUGUAUGCAUGCCCUCAUCAUGUCAGUUCAUUCACCACUACAAUGGCAAGCAGGAAGAUAAAUUCAAGCUUAGACUCUGUCAGUAUGGGAAAAAUGACUGGCUACAUUACAAAUACCUUUGAAAUGCAAGUCAAUGUGCCCUCAAAUGUUGGCUUUGAUCCAUAUUCGACUAUUUCAGGUAAAUCAACCCCCAAGUACUCGAGUGACGUUUUGAAUGCAAUCAAAUCCGCUGCAUCAACAGAAGCUGUUGCGGAUGUGGUCAAUGAAUCAAAUGUCGACUCCAUGUAUUUCGGUGGUAAGGUUCUCGCGAAGUAUGCAUGGAUCCUGUACUGCUGCCAAUACGUGAUCAAAGACAAAGCUCUAGUCAGCACCUUGACAAAUAACCUCAAAACUGCUAUGGCCCGGUUCAUUAGCAACAAACAGACUUUACCUCUAAGAUACGACACAACCUGGGGUGGUAUUAUAUCCUCGGGCUCGGAAUCGCAGGACUUUGGAAAUUCUUACUACAACGACCACCACUUUCACUACGGGUACCAUGUAAUCGCUGCGGCUAUUUUAGCCAAAGUUGACAAAGAAAAUGGUGGUAAUUGGCUGAGCCAAAACAAAACCUGGGUUGACAAUCUAGUCAGAGACUAUUCCAACCCUAAUUCUGCUGAUUCCUACUUCCCAGUGUUUAGAUCUUUUGACUGGUUUGCGGGUCAUUCUUGGGCUAAAGGUCUGUUUGCAAGCGGUGACGGUAAGGACGAAGAAUCCAGUUCUGAAGAUGUCAAUGCUGCUUAUGCCAUAAAAUUGUGGGGGAAUGUUACGGGAAACACUAACUUGGAAAGCAUUGGUAACCUCGAGUUGGGAAUCAUGCGCGGCUCCCUCAAUAGCUAUUUUCUUUAUCUCGACAACAAUACCGUUGAGCCUGCCAGUUUUAUUGGCAAUAAAGUAAGCGGAAUAUUGUUUGAGAACAAAAUAGACCACACUACCUAUUUUGGAACAAAGCUGGAAUACAUCCAAAUGAUACACGCCAUCCCCAUUACCUCGAUUUCAUCUUUUAUUAGAUCUCCCACUUUUGUUCAGCAAGAGUGGGAUCAAAAAUUGUCGUCGAUUGUAAGUGGUGUCCAGGAUGGUUGGAGAGGCAUCCUAAUGUUGAACCGUGCUUUGUCGACUCCCACUGAAGCUUACGCCUUUUUUUCGGGAUCGAGCUUUAAAACCCAAUAUUUGGACGGUGGCCAGAGUAAAACAUGGUCUUUGACUUAUUCAGGUGCUUUCAUAUGA